AGAAUUUCCCGGAAUACGUGUUUGGUAAAUCAUACUAUGAUAUUAGGAUUUAUUAUAUUAACUUUUAGGUAGCCUAAACUAUCUUGCUGGGCUACUUUUUUCUUCAGAUCAAUUUAAACUGGGAAAUCAGAGCAAGAGCUGUAACUCAGCCUUGUUAUAAUUCUUACGGUUCACAAUUGAAUAGGAGCCUCUGUUUUGUCCAGGAUUUACAGUACGAGUGAGUAUCUAAAUCAUUCCAUUUCAAAACAAGUCUAGCAUAAAUUUUCAGCUUUAGUUAAACCUGCUAAUAUUUUAGUUAUGGGUGAAGGUCCUGAGCGAGGAAGAGUAAAAAUUGCUGACAUGGGCUUUGCCCGAUUAUUUAAUUCACCUCUGAAGCCUUUAGCAGACUUGGAUCCAGUAGUUGUAACGUUCUGGUAUCGAGCUCCAGAGUUGCUUCUUGGAGCAAGGCAUUAUACCAAAGCUAUUGAUAUUUGGGCCAUAGGGUGUAUAUUUGCAGAGCUGCUAACAUCAGAGCCAAUAUUCCAUUGUCGACAAGAAGAUAUCAAAACUAGUAAUCCUUAUCACCAUGACCAGCUGGACAGAAUAUUCAAUGUAAUGGGAUUUCCUGCAGGUACAUACU